AUGGCUGGUCAAGAUGCUUCUCGCUAUCAACCUGGCCGUGGUUUGCCACCGUAUUUACUAUCACGAAACUAUGCAGAUUCAAGCACUGAUAGUGAUGGAGCAUCGAGAAUCUUCGCAGAGUCAAGUUGCUCUAUGACAUCCGAUAAAGAUAGCGAUUGUUCGUCUGCUUCGCACAUGCCUGUGACAAUCCAUGAUUCUUCAGUUGGUCUGAUACAACUUCGAUUUCUUGCUGCUCCGAGUAUGUUUGAAUAUCAAACAAACAAUGCGACUCGUUCAAUUGAUGAAGACAGGCGAACACUUCGAGACGAAACUUCCUCAGGUAGCUAUGGCACUAAUUCUGCUAACAAAGCUAGCAGCGCGCCGUUUAUAUCCACAGUAUCGCACAACUCUCUCAUGGAUUGUUUACUCGUCGGUUCGAUCUUAUCAAAUGAAACCAAGAAGUAUAACAGGAUCAUCAUAUCUGAUUAUGAUUAUAAUUCCAACCCAAUCAGUCAUCCAGAAGAUAUGUUUACGCCAUACGUGCCAAUUCUUUCUAACAUUGAUAACAGACCACUUCAUGGAAGAAACGAAUCAUUCAAUGAUAUGAUAGUCGAUGAGGUGGAAACGCAAUCCAUUACCACGGCCGACGUGGAAAUUCCAGAAAAUAUCAACUUUAAUGAAUGUUGCCGUUUUGGUGAUAAAACAGUGCAUGGAUGUAGACCAACUGCUAAACGCCACUAUGGUUGGCCGCAAAAAUGUGUCACUUUUUCCUACCUCACCGAGCUGGAUAUUCGCUCUGAUAGUUUCGAUAAAUUAAAGAAUUCCGUUUUAAGAUUAUGUGCAAAGCAUCGAAAACUGGCGUCGCUGAUAGGCAAUAUUGCAUCCAUAAUAGAUGAUGCCAUCCCCGUCGAUAUAGCUUCUCAACAUACAGGUGGAUCUGAAUUCACGAUCGAUAAUAGACGGGACACGAUGAAUCGCAUUCUAGCAGAUGUAAAUUUAAGUCCAAUUCGAUCUCAAACAACUAAACCAAUCAAAGAUCAUUCAAAAAGCGGUCUUCGUCGUUUAAUAUCCAAAUUUACACGAGGAUCAAAAGCUUUUCAAGACGAACUAGCUGAGACACUUAUGCCUGGUCGAGGUCAAGAAUUAAUUCAAAUGGCUCAGCUUCAAUCACAAGCUAGAGAGACACAAGCACUUGAAUUAUCGAUAAGUAAUGAAAUGGUUCAAAGUCUCAAGCAAGUCUACGAUAUAUACGUCAAACAGAGAAUGCCUUUCAUCGAGCAAGUUCGGAUUCUUUCGCUAUUACCUCGUUCAUGGAAAUAUGAAAAAGUAAUGAGUUUAUUUGGGUGUACCCGACAUGCUGUUACAGCAGCUCAUCAAAUGCAUGACGAUGAAGAGUAUUUGUUAAAUAAGGAUCAAGAACCGGCCAUUCGACAACGAGCUGCUCCCGAAAAGAUCAAACACUUUAUCAGUUGGCUUGUUGAGAGCAACACACUUGUUUCAGGCACAUACGGUCUCACUAAUUUACGUAUGGACAAUGGGGAAAAAUACGAGUUACCGAAACAGAUUAUACAGUCACAACGGUCACAUGCGCUAGUAGACUACAAAAAGUAUUGUGAUGAAACUGGGUUUCAAGGUUUAGGAAAGAGUAAAUUGUACGACAUACUCAAUAGUAUCAAACCAGCAGAACAACGGAUAGUGGCAGGCCUUGAUGAGUUUGUUGUCGAAGGCGUAGAAGCAUGGCUAUCUCUCUCGAAGAUUGUCGAAACUUUACCUAUUCGUCAAGCUGAUCGAAAACGUUUGCUUAAACAAAUCGAUAUGGGGGAGCAAUAUAAAAAAAUCAGACACACUGGGCAUUGUUCUGAUGACGCGGAUUGUAUCACUCACUGUACUAUUUUCGGGCUCUCCGAUUCUAAACGUGCUGAGUAUUAUUCAAAUUGUAAUCAUACACAUACGGCUCAUUGUCCCGACUGCAUCAAUAUUAUCAUAACUCUCGACGAGAUAAGUCAGCAAAUCCCAAAAAUCGGCAAUAAAGAUUUCCAACGAGAAGCAAGGUUUGACUUCGAAAAUGCAUCGGAACAUAUUGUUGAGUGGUCUCGUCACAACCUUCGCGCUGCUCGACAGGAUACUGAGAAGAAAUCGAUCAUUUCGCAAAUGGAGGAAGAUGAAGCUUUCUGCACAUUUGACUGGGGUCAAAAAAUCUUACCUCAAAAGCAUCGAGAGCCUCAAAGUGCAUAUUUUGGCAAAAAAGGAAUGUCGGUCCUUAUGGGCUCGUUCGUUUGGAAAGAUCAAGUGACGAGACUUGCAAGCGAAUCCACCACUACGACAAAUCUUUCUCUUCCUACAUAUUCUACUGACUCGUAUAUUGUUGCUAUAACUGGUGCUGCUCAGACGGAACUCGACACAUUAAGUGCUGGUGAGAUCAUUACUAAACAAUUUAAAACUGAUCAUCCUCACAUUAAAAAACUUCACAAACGCACAGACAACGCAGGCAAUUUCUCAUCACAUUCUACGCCUGAAGUCGAAAAGGUGAUUUGUGAACGAAUGGGUAUCGAGUUGUUGACGCGCGACUAUAGCGAGGUUCAAAAAGGUGAAGAUAUUUGUAAUAGAAUGUUUGGGGUGAAUAAAGCUCGAAUGCGUUCGUGGGAAGCAAGUGGCAAUGACUUAUUAAGCGCAAUCGAUAUCAAAGAAGGGAUGGAGUACGCAGGAGGUAUAAAACACACUAAAGUCGCAGUGGCUGAAAUUGUUGCUGGUCAAGGCUAUUUAGAGAAAACAAAUAUCCCUAACGUUUCUACACUUCGCUCUAUACGUUAUGGUUCAGAAAAUAUGAAUGUAUUCAAGGCAACAAGUGUUGGUACUGGUUUUGAGAUUCCUUACAAACAGCUCGACUUUGAGGCAAAUAUGAGAAUUGUCAGUCCUUUCGGAUGCUCGAUUAAUGAACAAGAAUCAAAUAUAGUCUCAGAACAGAGAAACGACCGCAGGCAUCAUUUUUUAAAAUUAUGUCCUGUAAGCGGUUGUACAGCAACAUUUGAGUCGAAUACUGAUCUUGAAUCCCAUAUAUCCGCCAAUUUACAUAAUGUUCAACCAACUCAGUCACGAACCGCAAAUGAUAUUGCUCGACUGCAUCUCACAGAACUCAUACGAACAACUGGUAUCGAUGCUCAACAACAAGCCACAUUACUUUCUCAAGAUCAAGACAUGUCACAUGUCGAUCUCACAACGUCUGCUCAUUACCAAAAGUUUUCGUCAAUCGGAUGGGGUCUACGAACACGUAAACAUACCAAUCCUAUGAGUGACAAUGUUAAAAACUUCAUUGAAAAAGUCUGGCUGGAUUCACAAGAAUCCCGUUCGAAGUUCACCGUACAGGAAAUCCAACAACAGAUACGCACAAAGCGAUGUCAAAAUGGAGAGAAAAUCUUUCAAACGCAGGAGUAUCCUACGCUAAGUCAAAUUAAGUAUCGAUUACGGAAAAUAGCACAAAAAUAUGGUGUUACUCCUAAACAUGAACUGAUGUCUCAAUUGAUGAAAAUUAACACUGAAUGA